AGUGUUCUAUGGUUGACUGCAUAUCAUAAACGUCAGACAGUGACUAUUAUUAAUUAUUUAGUUUAUGGUAUUAUCUUAUAGGCUAACUUAUUACAGAUUACGGGGUUGUAUUCAUUCUGUGCUAUUAUUUUAUCAGUUGACUGGUAGAUCUAGUAGUUGGACACAUUUUUUGUCAGUUUAUUGAGUUUUCAGUUUUUUAGCAGUGGGUAAUUUGAUUUUGAAAUAAAUCAAUAAUGGUACUGAAAUUUUACUAUGACUUUAUAUCACAACCUUGCAGAUCUUUAUAUAUACUUUUAAAAUUAACGAAUACACCUUUUCAAGCAUAUCCUGUUAAUUUACUCAAAGGAGAGCAAUUGUCCGAGGAUUUCAAAGAGAAAUGUUCGAAAUUUCAGAAAGUACCUGUUAUUCAUGAUGGAAAUUUCAGACUGACGGAAAGCGUUAGCAUCUUGAGAUAUCUUGCAAGGGAAUACUCAAUAGAUGAUCACUGGUAUCCAAAAGAAAGUAAAGAGCAAGCUAGAACUGAUGAAUUUUUGGAAUGGCAGCAUUUGAAUCUCAGACUAAACUGUCUUACAUUUUUUCGAACAACGUGGAUACUUCCUCUGAAAACAGGAGUGCACCCCACAGAAGAGAAAGUUUCAGGAGAUAAAAAAGCUCUCUUGAAAAGUCUUACAGAUUUUGAUCAGCUGUUUUUGGGAGAUGGUCUUUUCAUUCAUGGUAACCAAAUAUCAUAUUCGGAUAUCCAUGCUGCAUGUGAAAUAGAACAACCAAAGUUUGGUGGAUAUGAUCCGAGGGAAGAUUAUCCAAGAAUAAAAAGUUGGCUUGACAAUGUAGAAAAGGCGUGCAACCCUUAUUACGCUGAAGCACACGAGUUUCUCAAUAAAGUGGCAAAGGAAAAUGAGGACACGUAGAUUAGAAAUGGAUGAAGUUGAAAUUGAAAGUGGUGAAAUUUUCUCGUGGACAAAGGUGAUGACGAAUAUUCGAAUAGUAUAUAUUUCAUUUUAAAUUUUUUAUUCAUACAAAAGUAUACAAAAAUUAUAAAAAUUUUUAUAGUAAAUUUCAAUAAAUUAAAUGUUUAAACUACAUAUUCAGGUAUAAAUACACUCAUAUUAAGUAGAUAUUUUUACAUUUACAAGUAAUUCUUUAAAAUCUAUCUACUGCCUAUAGUAUCAAUUGUUAUUAUUAUUUCAAUAAAAAAUAAUAAAACAGGAUUUCAGUUGG